AUGUCGGGAGACGAAGGCAGCAAUCAUGAGUCCGAUCACCAGUCCGGAGCCGAAGAGCAGCAAAAGCCAGAGCAAAAGGAAGAGCAGGCCGAGCAGCCACAGCAAGAUGACAAGGAAAAGAAACCAGAAACAAUUACCGUUCAUGUUGGUAACCUCUCUUUUGAGACAACCGAGGAGUCCUUAAAGAUCAAGUUCUCCGAAUUUGGUAAUGUUAUCUCCAGUAGAAUCCCAGUACGUGCCCAGUCAGGCAAAUCCAAAGGUUUCGGUUUCAUUGAGUACGCUACCCAGGAAGAAGCAGAUAAGGCUAUUGCUGAAAUGAACAAGAAGGAAUUCGAAGGUCGUACGAUUGUUGUCGAUAUCUCCAGAGGACGUUCAGAGAGAAGAAGUAGCGAACGUAGAGGAAGACGUGAUGAUGAUUACGAUCGUCGCAGUGAUCGCCGCGAUGACCGUCGUCGCCGUGAUUAUGAUGACUAUGACCGCAGAAGCAGAAGGCGCGAUUAUGAUGACUACGAUGAUAGAAGAAGCAGAAGACGCGACUACGAUGAUUACGAUGACUACAGAGGACGUGGACGUGAUUAUGAUGACCGCCGCCGUGAUUCCCGCUACUAA